UGGCAGGGGAUUUCGUUCAGUGCAACUGAACAAAACGUCAGAAAAUCCCGAAAACAUAAACACAAUGAGUUUUCGAGAUAAACUGCUCAAUAAUUUAGAAAAUGUUAAUGAAAACUGUGUUCGCCAGCAGUAUCCAUCCAAAACGGACGAUGAAAUCGAAGAUAUUCUCUUCCAGCAGUAUCGGCAGCAGAUCAACUCCCAUGGGAAGCUCAAACGGAUGAUUGACCAAUCCGGACGAUCAGAAUCGUACCGCUUCAUUCCGCAGUUCCAUUUCGAACUGCCGAAAAACACCGAUGGGCUGGCCCAAAAACUCCGGGAAGAAGCUCGGACUUUGUUCCUGCAGAAGCGCAGCAAAGAACUGCUGGACAAUAACGAGCUGAAGUUGUUGUGGAGCUUGCUGGAAAAGCACCAUUCCCCACCGCUGAUGGGCGAAGAGCAGUAUAUCAACUACGAGAAUUACUGCAAGGUGGCCACGAUCGCUGGGGACAAGUUUAGGAGGUACCUGACGGCUUCAACUUUUGCCCGGCUCUUGGUAUCUAGUAGCUAUCCGGGAAAGAUCAGUGUCAUGUCCUUGUUCAACUACGCCAUGCGGAAGGUCUGGCUGCAGCAAACGAGGAUUGGCCUGUCCCUGUACGAUUACACCGGACAGGGUUACCUAAACGAGUCGGAUUUGGAAUCGUACAUUCUGGAGCUGAUUCCGACCUUUCCGCAGUUGGAAGGGCUGGAAAAAUCCUUUCAUAGCUUCUACGUCUGCACGACCGUAAGGAAGUUCUUCUUUUUCCUGGAUCCACUGAGGACGGGACGCAUCCGGAUACGGGACAUAUUGACGUGUAGUUUUUUGGAUGAUUUACUCGAAUUACGAGACGAAGAGAUUCCUAAGGAUGCUCAGGAGAUGAACUGGUUCUCCGCACCAUCAGCCUUAUCAGUCUAUGGACACUAUCUGAACUUGGACAAGGAUCACAACGGAAUGCUCAGCAAGAAAGAACUGAUCGGCUACGGAUCGGGAACGCUUACACCCAUUUUCCUGGACCGCGUGUUCGCCGAAUGCUUGACCUACGACGGUGAAAUGGACUACAAGACUUAUCUGGACUUUGUGUUGGCUCUGGAGAACCGAUCCGAACCACAAAGUCUGCAUUAUCUGUUCCGCAUUCUUGACGUCGAGCACAAAGGCUACCUCACAGCAUUCACGUUGAACUAUUUCUUCAAAGGCAUUCAGGACGAAAUAUCAGCCCACCGAGCGGAACCGGUCAACUUUGCCGACGUGAAGGACGAAAUUUUCGACAUGGUUAAACCGGCCGAUCCCAGCAGGAUAACCCUGAAAGACCUCAUCAACAGUGGACAUGGAGAAACUGUCGUCUCGAUACUGAUCGAGUUCCACAAGUUUUGGGCCUAUGAGAACCGAGAAGUGAUGGUAACGGACUCCCAGACGAACGAAGAAUCCCACAAUUUAUGAUAUCGGGGGCGACUCCCGAAUGGGGACAGCUUCGAUGAGGUGGUGACGGCCUUUUGAAUUUACAGUAUCAAAUAGAUCCAAGUGCUCAGUGGGCGAAUACUACAUUCCGUGAAUAUCAAACAGUAUCAAUUAUACAACUAUUUUAACUAAGACUAAAUAAAACAUUACAGUUGCCUUACACUCUAUAUUAA